ACAUAUCGAGAUUUUAGCGUCAUUUUACCACGUGCUUUUAAACCUAUUGUUAUUGUCACGUGAUUCCGCUGAUCCAAUAGCGUUACAGUAAUCGAGUACUAAAACGUCCGCGCGAGGUUUUAUAAGUCGCGCCAAAUCUUGUUUACAGUGUAAACCAGAUCAUGAAAACAAGAGGAGUGCGAGUAGAUUUCCUGUCUUAUUUUCAAAACAAAGCGGAUCUUAGGCCCAGUAAAAUUAAAUUAUUAUCCUACUCUGAUGAGUACGAUGUAGAUCGUAUCAUAACAAAGUCAACUAGUAAAGGUUAUCUAGUAAAGUGGAAGGGAUUCAGCCUUUGGGAUAGUACGUGGGAGCCCUUAAACAGCAGAUGCUCCAGCACAUUUGAAUACAUAUACAGAUACCCAGUUGUAAACAACGAACUUAUCCAAUCAAACACAGACAACCUACUUUUUGUUAUAAGGGAGAGGCUUGGCAAAAGGACGGGGAGGUGUGGCCUUGUGGCAUUUCGACACGAUGUGUUUCGUCAUUUGUUUGGACUGGAGAAAACCAGGCUGUUCAGCAGAGAGGAUUUUGAACAUUUGAACUUUCCAGAUUGCUGGGACCAGUUUAAAGGUGAACGGUCCGGACGCAAGAUUAGCUUUCCAAUGAGAAUGACUUUAAAAGUGAAAUUUUGUAAGGGACAUCCUAUGCCAUAUGAAGCAAUUGACAUUGAAUUCGUCACAGAAAGAUUUUCUACUAUCUAGUUCACAAGUUUAUCAGUAGAGAAUUAUGAAUCCAGCAUAGUUGUCAUUAUUAUCUCAAACUCAAACGCUAAUUUUAAUUAUGGUCACAGUUGAGGUUAUACAUGGCAAGGGCCAGUCAAGUUUUCUUCUAACAAACUUUGAGCUGUGCCAAAUAAAAAUGGAAGAAGAUUCAAACGAAAAACUCAAUAUGAUUGACAUAAUAAAUAAUAAUCUCCCAAAAUCAUGCGUUAAAAUCAACCCCAUGUCGGAAAGACUCCUGGC